AUGGAAACCCCCAGGUGUACGCGGAGCUCCUCCCUCGAGGCAAACCAGGGAUCAGCCCAGACGUCUCCAGAGCGUCUUAGGGACGAGGGACAAGCGGUAGCACAGAAGUUACAAGAAGUGGCCAGCGACACUUCCACCUCUCCGUCCUCUGUCUGCCCCGGCACCGACGCCGCCGCCCACGUGGCUGCCAUACCCCCGCCAGCUGCUGCUGCUGCUGCUGCUGCUGCUGGUCUAGCCGCCCCAAUCACGACCUCGCUUGUCACGCCCGCUACAAAGGGGGGAGAGAAGCAGCCGGGCACGUUUCUGAGCCAGGCCGCCGAGAGCACCCGAUGCCAGGUCGGGUAUCCACUCGACCACAAAGAGUCCAUGAAGGAGCGCAGGAGGGCUGCUGAGCGCACGGUGUCAGACUCGGACAGCCUGGGUGGGAAAUAG